GUUAAGACAAAUGAAAGCUCGUGUGCGGGUUCGCUUAUCUCGAAUCGUUAUGUCUUGACUGGUGCAGUUUGUGUUGGGCAAGAAGCCAAUCAAUUUCAUGUUGACGUGGCUGGAUUAACUUUGAACGUAGUUUCAGCGACUCCCCAUCCCGACUUUUCUAAUUUUAUGAACGACAUUGCAUUGCUGAAACUGGAGCGCGAAGUGCCAUUAGACGAUAAUGUCAAGCCGAUUUGCAUUUACGCCAAGAUCGAUUCCCAGAUAGAGAGGGCGGUAGACUCAAAACGUGAUCUGAGGCAGAGUUACCACAAUUUUGAGGCUGACGGUGAAGUGAGUAUCGGUAACGCCAUUCACCAUAAUGUGAAAAGAUGCAAGGACGAGUUUGGUGACGAUCGUGGACAACAUAUCAUCUGCGCUGAACCCACUAAAUCGGAUAUGUACAGGGGUACCGGUGGUGGACCCUUGGAACUCUUGACGAAAGACUCUCAAGCCGUGCAAGUUGGUAUUGUUAGCCUUGGACGGGCUGAUGACACCGGACCUCAGAUUUACACAAAUGUGCUGCACUUUACGGACUGGAUUGUUAAAGAAAUGCGAAAAUAGUUGUUAUCAUUCCCGUUUUUAAGGCAAACCAUCUUAAAAAGAACUAAUAAAACAUUUAAUUCAUUGUUUUAAUCUUUGUGUAGGAGAAUAUAACUUGUACAUAGUUUCUGUCAAUCAUACACUUAUUAAAAAUAUAAGAAAAAUGUAUUGGAAUUCUAAGAUUUAUGCCUACAAGAA